AUGGGGGCUGGCCGCAGUCGCCCUCGUCCGCACCGGCGGGAGCCCCCACCACACCGCACCACCCCUGGGGUCCCCCGCCUUACCCUGGCCGCGCACGCGGCAGCGCUUUCCCCAGCUCCAGGCUUUACACAGGGAAAUGUGUUUGAUAUUUCGUUGCAGAACUCCGUAGGUCCCGCUCGCUCUCACCUCUUUCUCACUCCGGCCAAAUUCCCUCCUGACGCGCCAACUCGGGGCGGGCACCGACCUUCCUGGUCCCUUGGCGCAAGGUCAGGGAACAGGGACCAAGGUCCCAGGGCAGACGGCUCGAUCGAGGACCCAGAACUCCCAGCUAGCGGAGGCGUUACUUACACCCCUCCCUACCCCGCUUUCCCCUGCUACGCGCCCGCGUCCUCCCCCUGGGCCACGCGGGUUCGCGCUGGAGUCGUAGCGUUUCCAGGAUUCCAGUGUCCCCGCGCAAAGCCCCUCAGCCGGCGCGCUGCAAGCAGAAAAGCGAAACUUGUUGCUCCCAAAGGCGAGCGAAGAGUUCCGCUUCUCGAAGUGGCGAAUAGUUUGGAGAGCAUCUCCGAAGCGUCCUCAGGGUUUUGUUUGCCAAACCAGCGCGCGACACACUGUGCUCCGGGUUCUGCACUGCCGAGAGAGGUCCUGUGUCGGAGACCUAGGCUUGCCACUGGUCACAGCCACAACGGCAGUGGGGACAAGGAUGGAAACGGCGGUGAAGUCCGCGGCCAGAGGAGCCUCGCGGAAGUCCGCCGCGCUUCAGGGCAGGUCCAAAUGGAACUUGACCCGCUGAAAGUGACGACACGCCGAGGUCAUUUGCAGUGUGAACGUGCUACAUUGGACUGGGGAAUUCUGAUACUUAAAGGCCACAAAUUAAAAUAAGGUGAAAAUGAUUUUAAAUGGGCUUUCAUUAGACUGGGUGUCUGUGUCCACGAAUUUCUAUUAGUCUUAGACCAACGCCCUCUUUCGGCAGAAACUUGCAGCCGACUGACUGCUAUCGCCGGUGCCACCGUCCCAGGCGCUGCAUUUGGUUGGUUUGUUGUUGGUUGUUCUUUUCUUUCUUUGUCCUUUCUUUCUUUUUUUUUUUUUUCUUUUAAACACGGAGGCCCCAAACAGCAAUCGCUCUUAUUUGUGACGGUGAAAAGGCAAACUGGGAUUUAAGGAGACGUGGCAACUUCAAGUAACAGCGCUUGUUGCCAUUUAAAGCACCUCCUUAACGCUCUUUCUGGCACCGGAAGUGUGAUUAUGGAUAACAUUUCACUCUCUGGGUCAUUUAGAUUUCAGAUUAUGCACCAUGAUCCCUAAAACUUCCAAGUAGGACCUUCCAACCCCUGCAUGAACUCUCAUUUAUUUAAUCAGAGCUGCAAAUCAGCAGCAAAAGAGGCAUCUGUAUAAAAUUUUAAUUCCACAAAGAGGUAAUUCGCACAUACUGGAAAUUAGAUUUAGCACUUCA